CUCGAAAGAGAACAACUACCGAAGAAAGCAAACUACACGGCAUUUGUCUUUUGACUCCAUUGGAAAGGGCAGCAACACAUGCAGUCGUCCGUGUUCCACAGAAACAAAUCCGUUUUUCGAUGGAAGCCUUGCUGAUGAUCUACUCUGGUCGUUAAAUUCUAUGCACUGCAACCAUUUCGUUCGACACGGCAGAUACUGCAAGAUUCUCUCAGUAGAAGAAAGAUCUCUGCAACCGGACGCUGUCGGAGUAAGCACCACACAACGACACAGCUCUGAAGUAUGACCUUUCCUCCCGUCGUUCCAAACGGCUUUUUAGCUCUAACCGAUUGCAAUGUGUACCAUGCCGUUGGGGACGACGGGGAUUGCUGCGAGAGUGAAGACAGCAGGAUUUCCUGGUUCGAUGUCGAUCUUCCUUUCUCGCGAAUAGUGGACUCCGCGGACCAAAAUAGUAGAGAUCCCGAUUUCAGGGGUGAUGGUUGCGAUGGUUUUUCUCCGUGCUCGUGUUGCUUCCUGGUGCUUGAGAAACAAAAGAAAACGUCCAGAGAACCAAUGGAGCAGCAGCUACCGAACAUGACACUGAAAUCAACUGUCACGGGGGAAAAGCAUCAACAAUACACCGGCAACGACCAAAAGAACCAACAAAGCACCCAUACUCAAGAAUUUCCUCCGAGGUACGAUGGUACCGUCCACGAUAUUAGUUGCAGCCUCUGUGGAGAGGGAUUGUCGUCACAAUCGAAACACAGCAAACGAUCCGAUGCUUCGCUCCUAUUGGGAUUGGCUCUGGCGUCACAGGAUUACGGACACAUUGUGGUUCAGUCCAUCAAAGUGGGCAUCUACUCCAGAAAAUCGCAGACGAGUGAAACGGAGCACAGAGCCAAUUACCAGCACCGUACCCAUUACCGCAAGCGAAAGGCGCGCCUGCUGAUCGCCUUUGCGUGCCAAGAACUCUUUGGGCAUCAUGCCAAGCAAAAGCACCGAACGUCCUUGAGUCCAAAACAUUUGCAAACUAACCGGCGGCGAUUUUUUGUCGAUUCGAAAACCACAAAAUCCUUACCCGCCGCUACGCAAUUAGUACUUUCCAUUAUGAGCAGCGACUGGAGGGAAUACGACAAGUUGUUACUCGAUGAUGGACUCUUAAACAGUACAUCGUUGGUUCGGCGAAGGAAAGAACGAACACGAGCUCUUUCCUUCUUUCCAUCCAGAAUGAAUCUUGAGGACGUCUUUUUGCGAAUCGGCGGCGUCUCUUCGUCUCCCUCCUCUGCCCGGUGGUCGGCUCCGGCCGUUUCUCCCCGGCGGAGCAACGAUCGGCAAACAGAAGGAGCGACGGCCAAACAGCUGCUGUUGAGCAUGCCCAGCGAUGUUCUCUGUCACCACAUCGGUGGGUAUCUACGCGCCAGAUCGCUCGCUGCCCUCCGUGGCACCUGCUUGCACUUACACUGGACCCUCCGGGCGGUUGUCCCCGGCCUCCGAUUGGAUCUCUACUCGCACCAGAUCGAGUCGCUGCAGUGGAUGCGGGAGCGGGAAAGCAAGCCCAUCACCGAGGACGAUCUGCUGAUGGAACACAGACCCCCUGCCAAAAGUAUACAAACAGCACAACAACAACUAUACUCCGACGACAAUACCCCUCAGAAACCAGUAAGCAGCAACGAGGAACAAAUACAAACAAAAAAACAAAAACAACCAUUAGGAGGCUUAACAGCAUCCCAAUGGAGCGCCAGCAAUCGCAGAACCAAAUGGGACGGAGACGCCCAUCGAGCGGCUACCGGGGGAGGCACAGUUGUCUUGUGUCCGAGGCUACAGCAGUUGCACGAUCAUGAUUGUGCUGGAGAUGGAGGAGCGAUCCGUAUCUCUCAGUCGGACUGUUGUGAGGUGGUCCAUGGGGGCCAGGGACAGACGAGACUUGGCGGGGAUCCAUUGUCUCGAAAGGUGGCACGGGGUGGGCUGCUUUGCGAUGAUCCGGGACUCGGUACGUACAUACAAUAUCUUCUGACUUUCUGGUUUCUACAAACUCCACAAAUGAACCGAGACAAAAGAUCUUCAGUUCCAAUUGUUUUGUUUUUCCCGACUGGGCAUCGAUGACUGGUUAUGAUUCUGCUGAUUCGUGGGGAUUUCUUCUUAUGUAAGCGCUUCUCGUACUGAAUACACAUAAUGUGGAAUACGGCAUGAUGUGAUACUUCAAAAACAUUUUAGGAAAGACAAUAACAGUGAUAUCCCUAAUAUUGCAAACCAUGGGCCUAACCACCGAAAAAGAAACUGGUCCUAACGACUGCAAACCAAAAAUUGAUUCAGCUCAGCAACAAGAUACACAGACGAUCUCAAUCGAUGAUCAGUCGGCUUCAGUCGAUGAAUCAGAUACCAAAACUUCUCCAGGAACUACUGCCCUUUCUCCCAGCGACGAGCGAAUAUUCGAGGAGUACUGGAACGAACAAAUCAUUCCCGAGUUUCGAGGUAGGGCUCUGACGAAAUUGUUUUCCACGUUCUUGCGCAGCAGCAGCGAAGUCAAUCUCUUUUUCGACCAUUAUUGGAGAAAGGCACUCCAACAAGUAGACACAAAGAAUACAUUGCCCCGCCCGCUUUCACUGAAAGAAAUUCGACGUCGCAUCGGUCGGUCUGUAUACGAUGCGGAUUCGCUUCAGGCAUUCGUUUCCGAUGUGGAAUCUUGUUUUGAAGCUGCGAUAGUGUCAUCCAGCGAAGCAUCUGUCUCGACUGAAACUUCGAGCACAAUUCGCGAAGCGGCCCUGCGAUUGCUGACUGUGUUCCGAAGUCGAAUCGUUGCAUUCAAAACGAGCCAGGUGGAAGUUGCCACUAAGUCGUUCUCCCGGGCCUCCUCUAGGCCGGACUCGAUUGUGGCAGUCUUGGUUCAAAAGACCAAUUCCGAGAAACUCAAGAACGCGCUCUUGCCAUCGUCAGCAACACUGCUCGUGGUUCCUGCCGUUCUUGUGGACCAUUGGAUGGUGGGUGUUUGUGUUGAAUCAUUGUUUCCAUACCGUUUUUGUGGUCAAGAACUAACUUAUUUUUGAAUUCUUUCUUUCUCUUGACCCCAGGAGCAAUUUAAACUCAAUGUGGAUAUUUCCUACUGUACGGGGAAAAUCCCAUUGGUAUUCAACUAUACAGGCAGUAAUAGUUCAGCGUUGAAGAUAGAAGAAAUUUUGUUGAAAUGUCGAGACAAGAAAACCCAUUUCCCUUUUAUUUUCGUCGAUAGAACGUCAACCAAAAAAAUACCACCCCCAUCCUUCAUUGCAUUGUUCAAGAUUGUCAUUACUACGAACAACCGUUUUUCUUCCGAAUGGAAAAAUGGUUCCUUUGAAGACGAGAUGAGAAGAAAUCAUAGCAAAAGUACCAGAAACAGCGGAACCAGUAGAUUUGCUGACUUCCGCGACGAGUUGGCGACUUCGGAGGAGGCGUGUCCUUUGCUCAAGGUGAAUUGGCUUCGAAUGAUUGUGGAUGAGGGCCAUAGUAUGGGCAGAGGCAGGGACAACUCUUCAAUUUCUUUUGCAUCAUGGAUCAAUGCCGAGCGGCGAUGGGCCAUGACGGGCACACCCACUCCACAAACUUCCACGCAAUCAGGGCUGACGAACGUUUUCAACCUUAUGCAGUACCUACAGCACGAAUUCUUCACCCGGAGACACGAUGGAGAUACCGUUUGGAAUCAGUUGAUCGUUCGAAGCUGGAACCGUGGGUUUUUAUCAUCGUUCUUCCGAUUGCGUUCACUCCUGUCUUUGCUCAUGAUCCGACACGUCAAGAGCGAUAUCACGGAACUGCCUCUCCCGAUAUUCAAGAUCAAUACUCUUUCCAUGGGAUUCGAAGAGGUAUCAACGUACAACACUUUGGUUUGUGCUAUACAAUCGAAUCUCGUCAUUACAUCAAUGAAAGGCAAGACUUCUGGUGCCCAGGACUCUCUUCUUCACAAGUCGCAAACAAAACACGCAAGAGAAGCGAUCAGCAAUCUUCGUCUAGUGUGUGCGGGUGGAACACAGGUACGCCCCACGCUCAGUGAUGAAUACCACACUGAAUUUCACCAAGACUUUGAAAAUUGUAACUCCGACCCAAUUCAGCGAACAAAGAUCCGAGAAUUUAUAUCGAGGGCGACCACCGGUCGGCAAUCAAAAUGCGACUGUUGCUCUGUCAUGCUUAGUACACUCUUGGUUUUUCCGUGUGGCCAUCUCGUCUGCACGGAGUGCGUUGAUAGCGACACGACUUCCUGCAUCGUGUGCGACAAAGAAUUCGACGUAGAUGCGUUUCAGAGGUUGCAGCCCGGGUUCAAAUACGACUGGCUGCAUAACGUAGAAGAGGAAGCGAAAGAGCGGGCCAACUGCAGGAUCGAACCAACGGCACAAGACGAAGGUGGCGCCUUGCCCCUGCCGGGGGGUCACGGUGUAUUGAUCCCAAGCAAUCAACGCCAGCGGAGAGCUCGCACCCGUAAAUUUGGUGACGGCCACACCUGUCAGUACGAUCCAAAACGCUCCGAUGGGAAAUGCGUGCUCUGCUUUGCAGAACACGAACCCUGCUAUUUGGUGGGAGAGCGGCGUUGCAGUGUGUGCUAUCGAUCGGCAGAAAACUGCCCAACAAGCGAGUCAAAGAUCACGCACAUUAUCGAAAAGCUUCUGAACUUGUACCACCGUAAAGUAGAGGCCGAGAGAUCUGCUGCGCACAGCGGAAGGAAUCGAGUGUGGGGAGAAAAGUUUCCUCUAACUGGGGGAAGACGACCGCCCAAGGUGAUUGUAUUCUCCCAGUUUCGAAAGGUUCUGAAUAUUACCGGGGAUAGACUGCUUCGGAGAUUCGGUUCGGGCUGCAUAGCCGAGUACUGGGGAAAAUACCGAAAGAAGGAAUUGCAGAAAUUCGUCAGGGACGAGAAAUGCCUGUGCAUGCUUCUGGGCAAGGACGGGAGCGAGGGUCUGGACCUGAGUUUCGUUACCCACAUUGUCUUUUUGGAGCAGGUCUGGGAUAAAUCGCUCGAGAAUCAGGUCGUGGCACGUGCCUGGAGAAUGGGAGCGAGGGGAUCCGUAGAGGUCGAAACGCUGGUUGCCGAAAACUCCAUCGAAGAAACCAUGUUUCUCCUCGAGGGAAACCAGGACCACGAUCCGGAUGGCGAUUCUUCGAGGGCCACCGGCGUCCUAAAGUUUCGGUCCACCGCCAAGGACCAAAAGAACUCGGAAUACCAGCAAGCGAAGGUGCACUACUUGCUGAAUAGUUUGAAGCUCAUUGCGGAUAAUACCACAGUUGUUGGUAUUGGCGGUGGCAGUAACGAUGAUGACAGUCACAAAGAGACCACGGGAUCACCGGGGCCCGACACGGGUAAGAAAAGACAACUCUCUGAUACGGGUGGGCCGCAAAAAGGAGAGCAAACAAAGAGACACCGUGUUUCGUUUCAGGUGUAAGACAAAGAAUGGGAACGAAAAAGAUUCGGACAUAGCACGACGAUUCCCUGUCGUUUCACGAAAGAGCGCACAUUUGAAAGCAAGUCGUGUCUACGAAUGCUGGGCUUGAUUCCUUCGAAAUGCAGGUCACGAAACGACUUCAAUCUACUAUCCCAGAGGUACCAAAGAGACGCAAAACACAGAGGAAUACUAUUGUAUGAAAUUGGAAUAGUUGAGCCUCUUUGUGAUUCAUUAUUUUAUGUACCUAUCAAGAUAUAAAAGAUUGUCAAUUGGUCGUAAUAACCUAAAAAUUUUCAU